UGCCCCGUUCCGACUGGUCGUUUUGGGUCCGGCGUCUACACGCUACAUCUCCCAUGGUCGUUUUCUCCCGCGGGCCGCUGACGAGGACACGUGCCCCCUCCGACAGGACAGCAUGGUAUCGGAGGAGGCCCCUUUAGCAGUAACCGCGAGGACCAAUGGGGAUUGCCGUACUUCUUGUCCUGAUUGUUCGGCAUUGGAUUAACGACGUGGAGGGAGCAUGUUCAGCCGGCAGUGCAGUGACUUGUGAUGAGUGCCUCCAGCUAGAUCCCGGCUGUGCUUGGUGCACUCAGGAGAAUUUCACAGACUCGUUUUUAGUCUAUGAGCGAUGUGACACGCCAGAGGUUCUGCAAAAGAGGGGUUGUCUCCAGAACCAGGUGGAAUUCCAUGUGACCAGCUCUGAGGUCCUCCAGGAUAGGCCUUUAGGAAAGAAGACUGGGGAAGCCAACACCACUCAGAUAUCACCUCAAAAGAUGGCCCUCAAACUCAGACCUGGCAGCGAGGUGACCUUUCAGAUCAAUGUGCUGCAGACAGAAGACUACCCUGUAGACAUCUACUACCUGAUGGACCUCUCGGCCUCACUGAUCGAUGACCUGGAGAGGAUUAAAGACCUGGGCUCCACGCUGUCCAAGGAGAUGGCAAAGCUCACCAGUAAAUUCAGACUGGGAUUCGGCUCCUUCGUUGAGAAACCGGUCCUCCCGUUCAUCAAGAUCACCCCUGCAGAUCUGAAGAACCCUUGCCACGGCGUGGACCAAGUCUGUCUCCCUACGUUCGGCUAUAAACAUGUCCUGCCGCUGACCAGCAACACCGACGAGUUCAACAAAAUCAUCGCCAAACAGCAGGUGUCCGCCAACAUCGACACGGCGGAGUGUGGCUUCGACGCCAUCAUGCAGGUGGCCGUCUGUGGGGACAAGAUCGGUUGGAGGAACGACUCCAUGCGACUGCUGGUGUUUGUCAGCGACGGCGACUCUCACUUCGGGAUGGACAGCAAGAUAUCUGGCAUCGUCAUUCCUAACGAUGGGGAGUGCCAUCUGGACGGCAACAAUGAGUACUCUAUGUCUACCCAUCUGGAAUACCCUUCUCUGGGACAGCUUAUGGAUAAACUGGUGGAAAACAAUAUCCUGCUUAUUUUCGCCGUGACGGAAAAUCAGAAACGGAACUAUGAGAACUAUGCCCACUUCAUACCUGGCGCCACAGUGGGGGUCCUGGAGGAGGAUUCCAGGAACAUCCUGGAACUGAUAGUGACGGCGUAUAAAGAGCUGCGGUCUGAGAUAGAGCUGGAGGUUCUUGGACAGACGGAGGACCUACACAUCUCUUUCACAGCCAUCUGUCCAGAUGGAACGGUACUUCCUGGACAGAAACAAUGCUCCAACGUGAAAGCAGGCGACACGGUCUCCUUCAACGUGACCGUGGAGCUCCCCGCGUGUCUGGACGACGGUCCCCUGCGGUUCCACAUCAAACCCGUGGGCUUCCAGGACGCCCUGGAGGUGCACCUGGACUCGCUGUGCUCGUGCGCCUGUCGCUCGACCCGGCAGCCCAACAGCAGCCACUGCGGACCGGGCCGGGGGGUCCUGGAGUGUGGUUCCUGCCUGUGUUCCCCGGGUUACACUGGGUCGAGGUGCGAGUGCACGGAGGAGGACGACCGGAGCGGCGACUGCAAGGCCGACGGCGCCGCGGAGACGUGCAGCGGACAGGGGGAGUGCCUCUGCGGCCGGUGCGCCUGCAAGGCGUCCAGUUUCGGCCGCGUCUACGGGCCGUACUGCGAGUGCAACGACUUCUCCUGCGCGCGGUACCGAGGGGAGCUCUGUGGAGGCCACGGUGACUGCGACUGUGGUGUGUGUGUGUGUCGGAGCGGCUGGACGGGGGAAUUCUGCAACUGCAGCAGCGCCGUGGACGGGUGUCUGUCAGGGGACGGGGAGCUGUGCGGCGGCAGGGGGAAGUGCGUGUGUGGCAGGUGUGUGUGCUCCGUGCCGGGAGCAUCCGGAGAAGCCUGUGAGCGGUGCCCAACGUGCGGAGACACCUGCAGCUCGGCCAGAACCUGUGUGGAGUGCCAUCUGCAAGCCGAGGGGUCCAUGGAAAAGUGUGCCGAAAAGUGCAGCGCUUCCCAUGUCUCCGUCAACAGUUCCAUUGAGCACGACGAGACCCAGUCUGUCCCGUGCACACUGAAGACCGAAAAUGAGUGUCUGAUCUCCUUCAGCGUUGUGGCUGGGGCCAGACGGAGCACCGUCUAUAAUCUCCAGAUGUAUGAUUGUCCUGAGCCACCCAACAUCCCGAUGAUAAGUCUGGGUGUCUCUCUGUCUGUCCUCUGCAUGGGCACAAUCCUGCUGGUGGCCUGGAAGCUGCUGGUCUCAGUCCAAGACCGAAAAGAGGUGGCCAAGUUCGAGGCAGAGAGGGCCAAGGCUAAGUGGCAGUCGGACACAAACCCUCUGUUCAGGAGCUCGACGUCAACGUUUCGAAAUGUCACGUAUAAAAGAGAAGGCAAACGGAAUGUUGAUAUUCAUUCAGCGGAUGGUUAUUGAUGAUGAGUCUGGUUUUUUCUGGCUGUUGAGUGGAUCGGGCAGCUGUUGAAUUGCUGUUGUCAGAUAGUAUCUGUUUGGGUGUGUAUCUUUUGUGUGUGUGUGUGCGCGUGCACAGUUGUGUGUGUGUGUGUGUGUGUGUGUGUGUGCAUGCAAAGAAAAACUGUAAACACGGCCUGAAUGUCUAUGAGAAAUGCUUCCUGAAAACUUGUUGGGAUGACACAAGGCCGUGGAUACAAUUGGAUACAAAAGAAAAAUGAAACAACCGACAAACUCCGGUACACCCCUAAACUUUCUCCACAUUUUGUUGUGUUAUAAACUUGCCGUCAAUCUACACACAAUACUGAUAAUGAUGAAAAGUGAAAAUAUGUUUUUAGAAAAUGUUUUAUGUACAGAUGCGUUUCCACCCUUUAUUGAGUACUUUGUAGAAGUGCCUUUGGCAUCUUUGGGUCUUGGGUUCGGGGCCACAGGUGGACUGCAUUCAAGUAAUUGAAACAUGUCAAGGAUAAUUGAAGGACACAAGAUGCAUCUGAGCUCAGUUUGGAGUGUCAUGGGAAAAGGGUCUGAAUAGUUAUGUACAUUAGAUAUUUCGUGAGGUUUUUCAUUUUCAAAAAAUUAGUUUUCGCCUCAUCAUCAUGGGGUAUUGUGUGUAUAUUUUUUUAAAUAAUUAUAUAUUAAGUAUAUAACAACAAAAUAAGGAGAAAGUUAUGAUGUCUGAAUACUUCACGAAAGCACUCCGUAAAAUACAACGUGCAACAUUGUAUCACUCCAGAAGGCCUUGAUUUUCUUCAGGGAUCUCCAAUCAGCAGAAAAUGUGAAUGCCUAGAUGUUAAUCAUCUCCACAUGAAAUGACUGAGAUUUUGCUGCUGAACGGAACACUGGAUUUUCACAUUUAGUUAAUUACUUUCGAAAACGUUGUAUUAAAGCAAAGGCGAAACUGAGAAACAUCGUAGGAUAUUACAAUAAUGUUUCGUUUUGUCAUAAAUAUUUUGUUCCAGAGUCGAGGCUGCGCCUUGAAUGUUAUUCGAAUAUGUUGAAUGUUGUUUCGAAGAAUAUCAAGAAUGUAUUCAUUUCAAUUUGGCGCAGAAAUAAAGUUGAGCUUUUUAGUUGUUGCCA